AUGGAGAACUUCUCGCUGUUCUACUCGAGUGAGGAAGAUGCCCUGCUUUCCUAUGCUGACAUUCGAAACUUCCAACAAGUUUGGAACUAUGUCGAUGCUGAUCAAAAGCGUUCAAUUCCCACCCGUCGAGUGAAAUUCCUCCUCCGCCUGCUCCGUGGGAGACUCGAGGUCGACCCGAACAAGGAUCGACUACUUUUCAAGCAUAUGUGUUACGAGAUGGAACGGUUGCACAAUGGCGAAGAUGUCUCGUUCCAUGACGUGCUCAACAUGCUCUCCUAUCGAAGUGGAGACAUCAGGAAGAGCCUUCAGUUGGAAGAGUUGUUGCAACGCGAAGAGCUGGAAUAUCUUAUUGAGGAAGAAGUCGCCAAGCAGACCAUUCGUGCCUGGCUUGAAAGUUGUUUACGACGUAUCAAGCAAAGGCAGCACGGG